CACGUGCCCCAUAGCUUUUUCUCUCCGUCGGCCCCUGGGUACUACGGUUGAUUUUUUUUUUUCUUUAAACAAAAACUUACGGUUGAUUAAACUGUUUUUUCAUACAAAAAGCCUGGAUAGGACUUAGCUCAUCAAGACCUAGGCCCUUAAAUAUACUUAGGCCAAGUAUUUAACUCUUUGUCCGCAGUGCACAAAAUCCAAACAUGUCUAAAACCCACCUGUAUUUUGGACUUUUCAGUUUUUAAAGUUACCGUACGUGUAGAAAAGAGGAAGAAAGCCAAGCGUAGGUUUACAUUUGGCCGGAGUGCAGAAAGUCCAAAAAAAACAUGUACACUAACCCGCGCUAACUGAACAACAAAUUUUUUUAAUUUUUAAUGCUAUAAUAUGUAAAAAAAUCCAAUUUUUCUUUAUGUGAGUGCCACAUAAGCUGGUGAAAGUAUAACUCCAAACUGAAAAAGAGAUCACAUAAUCAUAUUAUUAUACGGACAUCUAUAUAUACAUGUGACCUCUUUUUCAGUUUGGAAUUAUACUUUCACCAGCUUGAAUGUGGCACUCACAUGAGUUUUUGUGGUAGGGUUAUCAAAAGAAAAAUUGGAUUUUUCUACAUAUUAUAGCAUUGAUUUUUUGUUUCUCAGUUAGCGCGGGUUUGUGACAUGUUUUUUUUGCCAGAUAUACUACUUACUAGACUGUUUUUUUUCUUCUUUUUAUUUGAUAACCGUGGAAAGGAUAACUUUUAGUGAUUUGGAACAACUGAAUAAAAUUCAAUUAUAUCGUUUAGUUUAAAGUUUAUGAGAAUAUACCAGUUGUUUUGCGUAUUUUAUUUGUAGAAAUCAAAGGUAUGCCUUCAAAUAUCUUAAUGCAUAUGUAAUAUUAUGUAUCUAUCGAGAGCCUGGGCAGGACUUAGCGAAUCAAGAUCCAGGCUCGUAAAUAUACUUUGGGCCUAGUAUUUAACUCUUUGUCCGGACUACACAAAGUCCAAACAUAUCUAAAACCCACCUGUAUUUUGGACUCUGCAGUUUUUAUUUUAACGUUAUCGUAAAUGAAGAAAAAAGGACGAAGCCAACGCGUAGGACCGUAGGUAUACAUUUGUGUUUAUAUAUUCUACGGUUAGAUUUCAACCUUACAAUUCCAUAUAUCUUUCUCUGCUGUAACCUAACUACAUAUCCUUUACAGGUACACUGAACAGUACACUAACAUAGACAUAUAGUAACAUAUAUACAAUUAUACAAAGUUAUACAUAAUCAUUAUUAUAUCUAUAUAUACCGAAGCUUCGUAGCAUUAACAAAGAAAAAAUGUUUUUUUUGUAAAACAGAAAAAAAAUGUUUAAAACUAGUAAUACCAAAGGUAUAGUCAUAAGAAACUGAAAAUAUUACAUUACGUUUAAAAUUUCAUAUUAUCUUUAAAUCGAAAAGAGAAGAUUCAUUUAAUAAUUUCGAGCUUAGACCAAACGAUGAAACAUAUUUUUGACCCAAAAAAGUGUUUCGUACGUAAAUACAAAAAUUAAAUAACCAACAAGUUAAGAAAUGAAAUUAACAUGCAAGAAAUGGAGUGAGUCGCCGCCAUGAAGAAAAAUAAAAAGAACAAAGCGAAUCCUGAGUUAUAGUUACGAUUAUUUGCUAAAGAAAUUUAUAUAUAACUUAAAAAUAUUUGUUCAUUCGAAGCUAUUAUUAGUGUUUACUCCCUCCGUUUCAGAAUAGAUGAUGUUUUAGAAGAUUGUUUUUGUUUCAAAAUAGAUGAUGUUUUGAUAUUUUGAUAUUAUUUUUAAUUUUACUGAGAACUGUGCAACCAAUCAAAUACUGCAGUCAUUUAUGUAAUUGGUUGAAUGAGUUUUAAAUUAUAUUUUUAAGUUACUUUUUUGAAAGAAAAGAGAUUUCUUAAUCUUUGUGCAUUAAGCCAAAACAUCAUGUAUUGUGAAACAGAGGGAGUAUAUAAAAUCCUAGUGGGUCGACAAAAGAAAAGUUUUAGUGACAUGUAAAGUAAGAAAGGCGACGACAUUUUCAGCGCGAAUUAUUGGCCUUUCCUUUUACAUUAUUUAAUAAUUUAAUGUGGAAAUUUUUGGGUUUCAGAAAAGCAAAAACUCUGAAGACCGUCCAAAUAAAAUGUUUCAGUUUUAUUAGAUCCGAUAAUGAUACUAUAUUAACUGACAAAUUUCCUUUUGGAAAACGAGGUUCAAGAUUCAUGUGGUUUGCACUCACAUGUGACCUCUUUUUAUAUACUUUCACCAGCUUGAAUGUGGCACUCACAUGGGUUUUUGUAGUAGGGUUAUCAAAAGAAAAUUUGGAUUUUUCUACAUAUUUUAGCAUUACAAUUUUUGUUGUUCAGUUAGCGUGGGUUAGUGACAUGUCUUUUUUUGCCAGAUAUACUACUUACUAGACCUGUUAGUGGUAGUUGGAGUCGUGUUUAUGUUUUAGAUUUUUUUUUUCAUUAGAAAGCUUAGUAUAUAUGGAUGGGUCAUAUUUCUUAUGUAUGGAACUACCGUAUAAAUUGUAAAUCGGUUAAUAUUGAGACAUACUAGGUUUUGAAAAUCCUUCUUUGUCUUAAGAAAAGGGUAACUGUUUUAAGUUAUUACAAAAUUACUUUGAUUUCUUAAAGUAAAGAAAACUCUCUUUUUUUGUUCGUUAUAGAAAAUCAAAGAACUCUCUGUCGGCGAGGUCUUGUUGCCGUACAUUUCGUGUUAUUAUAUAACGUUUAUUUGACGAAAAUUAAACUAAAUUAUAGCAUAGUGCCAUGCCUUCUCAUCAUCAAUGUGCCUUUUUGUCGUUUUCGCUUUGAUUCAGUGUUUAGUUACCCCCAUUUUGGUCUCUUACAAAUUAAAUAUAAGUAAACAUCUUUACCGGCUAACACUCCUAUUUAAGCUAAGCCUUGCUCCAUCAGUUGAACUCCUCUCUUAUUUUUCCUUAGUUCUUAGGCAUCAAUAAAACUCUUAUAGAAUCUCAUUUUCUUUUGUGGCUUUCCACAUAUUCGAUUUGUAGCCCAUUGUUUUCACGUGUGUCGUAACAAACUUAGUGUCUUGGUUAAUAGAGAUGAAUAGGUACACAUUUAACCCACCUGAGGAUGAGCUCAUUAACUACUACUUGAAUAACAAGAUCACAGAAAAUGAUGAUCCUGAGGAGAAACAAAUAAACGAGGUCAACAUAUGUCACCAUGAACCAGCAGAUUUACCAGGGCUGGCGAAGAUAGAAUCGGGUCACACUUGGUACUUCAUAUCGCCGGUAGAGAAGUUCGGGAAACUCAACCGAAGGAAGAGGGCAUCAAAGACAGGACACUGGAAGAUAACGGGGAAUAGCUGUACGAUUAAGGACACUGAUGGUAACCCUAUCGGUUUAAAGAAGUUUCUUGUGUUCCAAGAAAACAAAAACAGAAGAUCAUCUACUUUACUACCCACCCCAGCCCAACAACACAAGUUCACUUGGAUCAUCCAUGAAUUUCAUUCCUUUCUCCACCACCCCAAUAAGAUGUUGACGCACCACAAGGACCCUGUCGAAGAUUACGGUGGAGACUACUGUAAUGACUUAGAAGAGCUAACCCAGUCAUGGGAACAAGGUGAAUCCAGCGGUCUCCUUCGCGGAGAAAAUGGACACGUAUACGGACAAAACACCGUGGAAAACUCGAAUGUGAGUGACACAACGUUGAGAAAAAAAUUGCUUUCUUAUUUUAUUGGUAUAGAAAUGAAAUAAAAUUACUAUUAUAGGGUAAAAUAAAAGUUUGUUCAAAAAAAAAAGGGUUAAAUAAAAGUAUUAAUUAAUUAUGUUACAAAAAGUUAUUUUAUAUAUUUUCCGCAGCAUUUGGAAAUCAGCGAGGCAGUGAUGGGGCCCGUAACGUUUCCAACUCCCUACACCGACCAAAUCUAAAUAAGUUAACUGAUUGGGACACUUGGGAGUAUCAGACUACACACGCCGCUCUUUUACUUCUCAACAAACGCUCAGUUUCAACUGCUUCGAGGACUUUAUAAACAUUUGGAUCUCUUCUACUUUAGUUCUCUUUUGUCUGUCUCUCUAUUGAUAUUAUUAUUUGUAUUGUAAUCUUCCUUUUGGCGUUAUUGAUAUUGUACUAGUUUAAUUUCACGAUCUCCUACG